CAAUGUAAGCUCUGCUUUUUGUUGCAGACGAUACUGAACUCGAUGCACAAGUAUCAGCCGAGGUUUCACCUCGUCCGAGCCAACGACAUCUUGAAGCUGCCCUACUCCACCUUCAGGAGUUACGUGUUCAAAGAGACGGAAUUCAUCGCAGUCACGGCGUACCAAAACGAAAAGAUAACGCAGCUGAAGAUCGACAACAAUCCGUUCGCGAAAGGAUUUAGGGACACAGGUGCGGGCAAGCGGGAAAAAAACAGGCAGGCACUGCUGUCGGUGUCGGGCAGCGGCUCCCGGCUGUCGGGCAGCCUCGGGGGGCCCGGCUCGCCGGACAAGCGGCGCUCCUCGACCAACUCGGGCAACGACUACCUGGACGACGAGGACAAGCUGCUGGACGUCGUGGGCCCGGACACGCCCCACCCGCGCGACCGAGACCUCAGCGACCGGGGCGACGGCUCCGAGUCCUCGGGCUCCGAGAGCGGCGGUUUCUCGGGACCGGGUGCCGCCGGCCACCACGUCGGGGCGGCCGAUGGCCCACGGCCGGACGUCUCGGUGGGCCCGCCCCUGCACCCGCCCCUCAUACCUUACCUGUACCCACCGGUGCCGGGACUGUACCCAGGACCGGGACACCUGCUACCCCCGGGACACCUGGCUGGGCUUCACGGGGGUGUGACGCCCGGUAUGCUGUUCAACGCCCAGUUGGCCCUGGCGGCCUCGCAGCACCCGGCGCUCUUCGGCCACUACCCGCAUCCCCUGGCGAGCCCGUUGCACCAGCUCAAGGGCCAUAGGUUCGCCCCGUACAGCUUGCCGCCGUCGCACGCGCCCUCGCACGGCUCGGCCUUCGAGACGGUCACGCCGGGCAGUAGGGGCACGACCCUCAGCCCGCGCUCGCCCCCGCCCCGACCGGCCACGGGCUCGCCCAGCCCCGCGGGGGGUGGCGCCGGGGCUGGCUCCUCGGCGACGGCGGAGCUCAAGUCGAUCGAGAACAUGGUCAACGGGUUGCAGGAGAAGCGGCCGCGGACGAGUCCCGCGGAAGCGGCAGCCGGGAGCCCGUGACAGGACUGCUCUCAGGAGGGGACGCCCCGCUCGCUGGACGAGGACAGGAGGCUGGGGGCGCAGCCCGACUCGACGUCCGAGCUGCCGUCGUAGCCGAGGCCCCGCUCCGGGCUCCCUGGCCAGGGCCUUUACCCCCAAAUCCAUACCUAGAUUCACCCCAUACUAUAAUUAUAUAGUAUAUAUAUUUACAAAGUGCAAUUGGACGGAGGCGGUAGGUGCUCGUGCGCGGCGUUCUGAUCAUAUUGUGUGGCGAUGUACAUAUUAUAUACCGGCGACUGUGGCGAUAUUAUAACGAUGAGUCCCCCUCUCUGCGGCUAGAGCACAAUUCUAAAUCGAGUAUUAUAUAAUAUUAUUACAAUUUAUUAUUAAUAUUUUAGCAUUAUUCUAAUUAUUAUUGGCGCGUGAUUGUGAGUGCACGCGGGCGGGCGUGUGUGUAAUUUUAACUGUGCGUUUGUGGACGAAAGUGUAUACGUACAUAUUUAUA